AUGUCCCUCGACAACUACCACAAACUCGAGAAAAUCGGUGAAGGUGCGCACAAUCCUCUGCUUGUUGCUACAGACGUUCAUCCGCUGACUUGCGCUAUCUCUUCUCCCUUCCCGUCAACCCUGGAAAAAUCGCUCCUAAAAGGUACCUACGGUGUCGUCUACAAGGCCAAAGACAUCAACACCGGCGGCAUCGUCGCCCUCAAGAAGAUUAGAUUGGAAGCAGAGGAUGAGGGUGUACCCAGUACCUCCAUCCGAGAGAUCAGUCUGUUGAAGGAGCUGAGUAAAGAUGACAACAUUGUCAAGCUGUUGGAUAUUGUGCACUCAGAGGCCAAGCUGUACCUCGUGUUCGAGUUCCUCGACAUGGACCUGAAAAAGUACAUGGACUCUCUCGGCGAGAAGGACGGUCUCGGACCGGACAUGGUCAAGAAAUUCUCCUACCAACUCAUCAAAGGAAUCUACUUUUGCCACGGCCACCGUAUCCUUCACCGUGAUCUCAAACCCCAAAAUUUGUUGAUCAACAAGGGUGGAGAUCUCAAGAUCGCUGAUUUCGGUCUCGCUAGAGCUUUCGGUAUCCCUUUGCGUACUUAUACCCACGAGGUUGUGACGCUCUGGUACCGAGCGCCCGAGGUGCUUCUUGGUUCCAGACAUUACUCUACUGCUAUCGACAUGUGGUCUGUCGGAUGUAUUGUCGCGGAAAUGGCCACCCGUCAACCCCUCUUCCCCGGUGACUCUGAAAUCGACGAGAUCUUCCGUAUUUUCCGAGUCCUUGGUACACCAGAUGAAGACGUCUGGCCCGGCGUGCGAUCCCUUCCCGACUACAAGCCCACUUUCCCUCAGUGGAGCCCUAUCAACUUGGGUGAUGUGGUCAAGGGUCUCGAUGCGGACGGUAUGGACUUGGUGGCGCAAACUUUGGUGUUUGACCCCGCUCAUAGGAUCUCUGCCAAGCGAGCUCUCCGACACCCCUACUUUGACACUGUCAACCUCGCCGCCGCCUAA